GUGACGUAUAUCCAAAGUUCGUGUGGCAAAAAGAAAUCAAAAUGGCGGAUGGUCCAGCGAACCCCAAAGAUAUAACUGCUAUAUUUAAGCGGUUGAAACAACAUCGAGAUAACAAGAUGUGUUUCGACUGUGGUCACAAUAAUCCAACGUGGGCUUCUAUAACUUAUGGUGUCUUUCUGUGUAUUGAUUGCUCUGCUGUUCAUCGGGGUUUAGGGGUUCAUUUGUCUUUUAUACGAUCUACUCAGUUAGAUACGAACUGGACUUGGUAUCAACUACGAGCAAUGCAAGUCGGAGGAAACGCUAAAGCUACUGCAUUUUUCAGGCAACAUAGUGUAAAUACUGAAGAUUCUACUGCCAAGUACAAAAGCCGAGUUGCCUUACUCUACAGAGAAAAAAUUGCAUCACUUGCCGCCAAAGCACAAAACAUGUAUGGAACACAGCUUUUCAUUGAUACACCUCACGCUCCAGCCACACCAAACUCACCAGAUAAAGAUAAAGACUUCUUCACUGAAAUGGAGAGUGCUACCCCUAAUGCCAUCACAAUCCCUAAUAAUGGAAGCAAUGGAAGAAACAGCCCAGCUAAUGGCGCAGCCAAAGAGAACAAGAACAUGGAUCUUGACAUCAAUGCUCUUAGUAUAUCCCCACCAAAGAAAUCAGAGGCAAGAGUACCCACCAUAGGAACAAGAAAGCCAACUGCCAACAAGAAGAAGGGACUUGGAGCUAAAAAAGGAGGACUUGGAGCUACGAGAGUUAAGGCUGACUUCAAUGACAUAGAAACAAAAGCUCAAGAAAAUGACAAAAACAGAGAGAAAAUCGUAGAACAGAAAUCCAUUGAGGCAAAGGAAGAAUUUUUUUCUCCGAACCUGACUUACAAUCCAGUUGACUUGAAGAAAGAAGAAGAAAAACUAAAGCAUUCAGACCCCAAGAAAGCCACACAGUUAGAACGACUUGGAAUGGGUUUUGGACCACGAGCUGGACCAAAAUCACAGAGUACUGGUAGAAGCCAUUCUGCCGCUGCAAGCAUGAUGGUUGUCGAACAAGUUAAGCCUGAGAAAGGCAGCUCUUCUAGCAAGGGUUUUUAUGGCAUGUCAUCUCAAACUGGAUUCUUUGACAGCUACUUGGAUGAACCUAGUGUAACUGAACCUCCACCAAGUUACAGUCCAUUCAGUAACAAUGAUAACAGUUGGGAUGUCAUUAGCAGGGAGGAAGUCAGGUCCAAUUCUUCCUAUCCUAAAAGCUUCUCCAGAGAGGACAGCCGAUCAAGAGCCAAACAUGUACCAGAGCCUUCUUCAUCUUCCUCAGAUGAGGUCAUGAAAAAGUUUGGAAGUGCAAAGGCGAUUUCGUCCUCACAGUUACAUGGUGAUGAUGACAGGGAAGCUUACGGAGCAAAAUCAAGACUGGAACGAAUGGGUCAUUCUUCAGGGAUUUCCAGCGCUGAUCUGUUUGAAGAUGAGAGCUCCCAAAAACGGUUUUCAGGACGCACAGGGUCUGCUAAUUAUUCAAAUAUUAAAGAUGAAGUUGCUAGAGUUACUGGAAGGUUAUCUUCUAUGGCAUCAGAUGUUAUAGGAUCUAUACAGACAAGAUACAGUGGCUCAAGUUAAAUUCCAUUAUUACUGACUGUAUAGUUCACAAAUUAUUGUUAAAUCAAUCCAUCACAUCCUUGAAUACAGAAAAAUUUAAUGCCAUAAUUUUUAUUCAAACAAAGUCUAGAUUUAUUUUGGGUCUUAACUUAGACUGAUUAUUGAACUGUACGACCGUACAGGGCUUAAAAUUGAGCAAAAAAAAAACAGGAUAUGACCGAGCUAAAGCUAAUUUGGCUGGAAUCAUGACCUGAGACUUCUCAACCAACCUUAUUUUAAGCCCUGCUGUGGACAGAAACCACCUCAAACAAAACUAUAGCUUCUCUACCCUGGUGCAAGAGGGUUUUUUAACAGUGCUAGGUACAUGCUAAUCAAAAUGAAAGUCGCAACAAGUUAAUUGACAGUAAACUAUUGUCAAUCAACUAGAUCAUUUUAUCUAGCUAUAGAGUACGACUCCCAGGUAGCUUUAUGUACCAUCACUAUUAUUUGAUUGACAGUGGUCUACUGACAAUUGAUCUGUCACCACUUUUGUGUCAGUCAGCUUGUAACAAUGAAAACCAUGGUUAAAGUUGGAACAAUAAUAUGUAAAACCCUCUCAAACUAGGGUGCAUCAUCUUUGACCUUGAACCAAUCUGUUAUCAUUAUGAUUAUAAUCUUUGUUAUAAUUAUUCUCUGUAUACUAAAUAGUAAAUUGUCACCAAAAUGUCAAAAAUUAUAAGUAUGAUUAAAAUCAAUUUCUACCUUUGCUGCAACAUCUACUCCUAGCAGGAAAAGCUUAGCCUUCUUUGCAGCCGUUCUUAGUGUCCUCACGCAACGUUUGGAGGGAAACGUUGGGUGACGACCCUAAGAACGGCUGCAAGGGAGGCUGGGAAAAGCUGUGCUCUGGGUAUUUUCAUACUUUUCUGCUAGAACACAAAAUCCGAUGCAUUACCAACAAGUAACUUCUUACAAAAUUCAAUCUCCCAGUGUUUACCACAAGGAGUGGAGAGAGUUUAAAACAUUCUUUAUAGAAGAAAUUGAAACAACAAUAAUUGAAUAUUUCAAUCAGAAUGUUUCAACUUCUUGUAACUUUAUUUCUAACCAAAUUAUAUGCCCAAAUCAGUGUUUUUAAGGAGCUAGUGAAUUAUUCAAUCUUUCAAAACAAUAUUUUUUUAUUAGUGAGAAAUUUGUGAUAAUGCUGCUCUAAUGUGAGUUCCAAAAGUUAUCCAUACCCAUCUCACAGUGGGAUUUUUUUGUCAAGACCCUACCCCAGGAAAUUCCAAUUUUCUUCCGUACAAACUCUGCAAUGAUUUUUGUUCUUUCUCUGAACCCCUACCCUUCGGAAAUUCCAAAUUCCUGUGGGGUACAUGGAUAAUUUCUGGAACUACACAAUAUUACCGUGUAGUAUUGAUUGGAAUGUUUUUGAAGGGAGUACAUUACUAAAGUCACACUCUUGUAAAUUUCUCACUUAUAACGAUCAACUCAAAUAGAAUGUUUAAUAAACAGGGUUUAAACUAAAA